AUGCCAAAGAUUUUCGAUACCCGGGUGGGAAAGUUUUCAGGAUCGAUAAAGGAGUUUGAAAAAUUGAAAGAGCACCUGUGUCCGGCGUUCGCACCUGCAUCAAACCUCGAAAGUUGCCUGAUGUCAGUUGUGGUCGGCGAAUCUUUCACGGACAUGUCCGUCUUCACCUUCGUCACUUCCUCGCCGGCGGUUGCUGAAGAGUGGUCUUCAGAAAUUUUCGAGCUUUCGCACGACGUACGAUGGAAAAACCCAGGCAUCAUUCUCUUGUUGGAUUUGAGGCUGGGCAGCUUCGUGUAUAGCCAUUCGAGGAACGAAGUUACGUUGAAGGACGUGAUCGAUUUGUUCGCUACGCACAAGGAGGACCGGAAAAAUGUGCAGGCUGCUUUGGAACAGUCGGGAUUUGCCACUCCCGCCGAUGACAGUACGAGCAAGCUGAAAAACAUGAAUUUUAGAAGAUUCGAGAACUUCUUUAUGCUUUAUCGUCUAAUGACGAAUCGUACCGACGUGUCGGAAAUAUUUCUACAAAUAUCUCACGUCAAAAGAAAGAAAUCGGAAACCCUGCACGUGCGAAGUACAGAACCGUCGAUCGACGCUUUUCAGCUGAUGCAUUUUCUAAACACGACUCAGCGAGAUUCGCGACUGAAUGAUAUUCUUCAUCCGUACUGUUCAGAGACGGUCGCUUUGAAACUUAUCCGCAAGUACGAGCCGGACGAAGCCUUCAGUUCGAAAGGAUUGAUGACGUUUGGCGGAUUUCUGAAGUUCCUGCUUAGCGACGACAACAAAGCGUGCAGUGACGAGUGCUUCAUGCUGAACAAGGAGAAAAUGAAUGAACCACUGUGCCACUACUUCAUUAGCAGUUCGCACAAUACCUACUUGAGCGGACCUCAAGUUGGUUUGUUGUCCAAGUGCUCGGUGGAAAUGUACCGACAGGUGCUUCUGUCAGGAUGCAGAUGCGUGGAACUGGACAUUUGGGAUGGCCGACCAUCGGAAGGUGGUUGUGGAAGUGUGCCAGUGGUCACUCACGGUCCUACAAUAGUGACCAGAGAGGUGAUCCAAGCGAUCGCUGAGUACGCCUUCAAAACAUCUGUAUAUCCUGUCAUUCUGUCGUUGGAAGUCCACUGCGGUGCAAGAAACCAAGCCAAGGUAGCCAGGUUGUGCAAGGAAGUAUUUGGCGAUGCGCUGAUCAGCGAACCGCUGGAAUCGCAUCCUCUUGAACCCGGAAUCGCUCUUCCUUCGCCUAAUCGAUUGCUCAAGAAAAUAAUCAUCAAGAGUCGAAAAGGCGAAUUUAAGGUGUUUUUUCAAGCCUCGAAGGUCGCUGAUGUGCCAUCGAACAGUUCAGCCGAAGCCGAAGGGCCACAUGUCGAUGGGCCUUCGAGCAACGAAUUCGACAUAUCUUCGACAGUCGAGUCGUUCGCUUCCAGUUCCGACUCUGAUCAAGACGAGGAAACCGAUUCGAACAAAGCUGAGGUUUACUUGCGGUUUGAAAAUGUUCCGUCCAGCCUUUAUGAAUUCAAUGCCUCUUAA